AUGGCAACGUGGACAAAAGAAGCUGUUCAAAUUUUAAUUGAUGCAUAUAAGAAUGAGCCUUGUUUAUAUCAAACGAGAAACCCAAAUUAUCACAAUAAAAAUCUACGUAAUGAAGCAUUGGAACGCAUUUGUGCAAUUGUCAGUACUGUCAAACCAAAUAUAACGGGAAAAGAAUGCAGUAUUAAAUUUUAUAAUUUAAGAAAUCAAUUUAAUACUGAAAACGCAAAAGUGUAUAAACCUAAUUUAUGGUAUUACGAUGCUUUAAAAUUUCUGGAAGAACAUAUAGUUCCCAGAAAAAGUAAGAACUCACAUCUACCAAAUAGUACAAAAGAUACACCUGGUUUUUUGUUACACCAUGAUUAUGUACAAACAUCACAAGACUUAGAAGAAUUGCAAGAAAUGUUGGUUGAAGAUAAUAAUGUCUAUGUACAUGAAGAGGAUUUAAAUAAUAAUAAUGAAGAAUCACAAUCAUGUGCAUCUUCAUCAUCUGAUAACAUAAUUGCUACAACACCAUCGAUUUUAAAACAAAAAAAAAAUGCAAUCAAGAUCUUUACCAUUUACUGA